CUUUCAGGGACCGCUUGAUUAUCGAAUGGAACAAGACCCAGCAGCGACAGGCUUCUGCAGAUCAGAAGCGAGUGUACUAUCUAUCUCUCGAAUUCUUGAUGGGAAGAGCCUUGGAUAAUGCCAUGCUGAACGUCGGCCUGAAGGAUGCGGCCCGAGAGGGCUUGAAGGACCUUGGGUUCCGUAUCGAAGAUGUCAUCAGCCAGGAGCAUGAUGCUGCCCUGGGUAAUGGAGGACUUGGACGCUUGGCUGCUUGUUUCCUUGACAGUAUGGCCACACUCAACUACCCUGCAUGGGGCUACGGCCUUCGCUACCGAUAUGGUAUCUUCAAACAGGAGAUUGUCGAUGGCUAUCAGAUGGAGGUCCCUGAUUACUGGCUCGAUUUCAACCCGUGGGAGUUCCCUCGGCAUGAGAUCACUGUCGACGUCCAAUUCUACGGCUGGGUGCGGAAGUACCAGGAUGAGAACGGGAAGACCGUGAGCUCGUGGCAGGACGGCGAAGUCGUCCAGGCCGUGGCAUACGAUGUCCCCGUCCCCGGAUAUGGCACUCGCACGACAAACAAUCUACGACUAUGGUCGGCCAAGGCUUCUAGCGGAGAGUUCAACUUCCAGAAAUUCAAUGCAGGCGACUAUGAGAGUGCAGUCGCGGAGCAGCAACGUGCAGAAACCAUUUCAGCAGUGCUAUACCCUAACGACAGCCUGGACCGCGGUAAGGAGCUCAGACUGAAGCAGCAGUACUUCUGGUGUGCUGCCUCCUUAUUUGACAUUAUUCGACGAUUCAAGAAGACAAAGAGAUCCUGGAGCGAGUUCCCCGACCAAGUUGCCAUCCAGCUCAACGACACACAUCCGACGCUGGCCGUUGUCGAGCUGCAGCGCAUUUUGAUUGAUCAGGAGGGCUUGGAAUGGGACGAGGCCUGGGGAAUCGUCACAAAAACGUUCGGUUACACAAACCACACCGUCCUGCCGGAGGCUCUAGAGAAGUGGUCUGUCCCCCUGAUGCAAAGCCUUUUGCCACGACACUUGCAGAUUAUCUUCGACAUCAACCUGUAUUUCUUGCAGUACGUGGAGAAGAAUUUCCCCGAGGAUAGAGACAUGUUGUCUCGGGUCUCGAUUAUCGAAGAGUCCCACCCUAAGAUGGUGAGGAUGGCAUAUAUCGCUAUCAUCGGAUCCCACAAAGUGAACGGAGUCGCAGAGCUGCAUUCAGACCUUCUGCGAACCACUCUAUUCAAGGAUUUUGUGACCAUCUAUGGCCCUGACAAGUUCACUAAUGUUACUAAUGGCGUCACCCCGCGUCGUUGGCUGCACCAGGCAAAUCCUCGCCUCUCUGAUUUGAUAGCUUCUAGACUGGGAGGCUACGAUUUCUUGACCGACUUGACCCUUUUGGACCAAUUGGAGGCAUUUGCCGAUGACAAGGCUUUCCAGAAAGAGUGGGAAGAGAUCAAGACUGCCAACAAGCUCCGUCUGGCAAAACACAUCAAGGAGACAACCGGGUACAGCGUGAACCCGACCGCGUUGUUCGACAUUCAGGUCAAGCGUAUCCACGAGUACAAACGCCAGCAGCUCAAUAUCUUCGGAGUCAUUCACCGAUACUUGAAGAUCAAGUCCAUGUCCGCCGAGGAAAAGAAGAAGGUGUUGCCACGCGUAUCGAUCUUUGGUGGCAAGGCUGCUCCGGGCUACUGGAUGGCGAAGACCGUUAUCCACCUGAUCAAUAAGGUCGCCUCGGUUGUCAACGAAGAUCCCGACGUUGGCGAUCUUUUGAAAGUCAUUUUCGUGGCAGACUACAAUGUCAGCAAGGCCGAGAUCAUCUGUCCUGCUUCGGACAUCAGCGAGCACAUCUCGACGGCGGGUACGGAAGGAAGUGGAACUAGUAACAUGAAGUUCGUCAUGAACGGCGGCUUAAUUAUUGGUACCUGUGACGGAGCGAAUAUCGAGAUCACGCGGGAAAUCGGCGAGCAGAACAUCUUCCUGUUCGGCAACCUCGCCGAGGAUGUCGAGGAGCUCCGGCACCGGCACCUCUACGGCAACUUCCAGCUGGACCCCCACCUGGCCAAGGUCUUCGAGGCGAUCCGCGGUGGGAUGUUCGGGGAUGUGAACAGCUUCUCGGCGCUGUUGGCCUCGAUCGUCGAGCACGGCGACUACUACCUGGUUUCGGAUGACUUCAACUCGUACAUCACCACGCAGGACCUGGUGGACGAGUCCUUCCGCAACCGCGAGGAAUGGCUGUCCAAGUCCAUCAUCAGCGUGGCGCGCAUGGGCUUCUUCUCGACUGACCGUGUCAUUAGCGAGUAUGCCGAGAGUAUCUGGAAUAUUGAGCCGCUCGUUGUCAAGGAUUAAGGCAUGAUUCGGUUUGCGUGAGUGAAAUAGGGCGGGGAAGGAGGAGGUUGUGGUGGUGGGGAGAAGGGAGCGAGGGAAAGACAGCUUCUUCUGUAUGGGCUUAUGUUUUUGCUCCUGGCAUAGUUGUCAAUACCGCUGCGCUUGAUUUCAACUGAUGAGCUUUUACUUCCAUCGAGUCUAUUCCUUGUGUAGAUCUUUGUUCAAGAUACGCAUCUUUGGCAUCAAUU